AUUUAAAACAGUUCAUCCAAAAUGUGAUUUAUUUUUUCUUAUUGUGAAUAGGCUACAUUUCUUAUUGUGAAUACAGUUAUUAUGCAGGCUGUUGUUUAAUUCAUCCGCGGUUGCCACCGGUGUGUUUUCUUUUGGUCGUUUCUUCUGAAAGGCGUCUCCAAAACAAGCUAAAGUUAGUUAAGGUCUCUCAUCUAAAUGUGGCAUUUCUUCAGAAGACAAUGUUAAUAUCCAAGAUAUAAAAUCCAAGAUAUCUUACAAACAACAUUUCACGUUUUCUUGAUCGUGAUAGGACUUCUUUCACCCAGUUCCCUUAUGAUCACUUCGCGCUUGCGCACUGAAGUGCUGGUUCAGCACAUGGACUUAUUAAGGAGUUCACCAUCCACAAGAGAAACUUGAAGAUGAACGGACAUGGGUACCAUUCUCUGCACACGACUCGAGCGUUGCGGUUACAGUGACUGUCCGCUAGAGGGCGCCCGGAGACCACGCUGCAGAACGCAACGGAACGCAGCUGAGAGAGAGACUCCGCUCCUCCUUAUAUCCCCUUGGUCCACGGGCUAGAGUUUCAGUGACAGUUGAGCUGUUGUUCUGCUCGCCUCGCUCGACGCGGAACGAGUCCACCCCCAGCUCCAGACUAACGAUCGCGGUGCCAGGACCGUCAGCCUUCCGUCCGUCGUGAAUCCGAGAAGGUCAACGACACCAUCCUAACCACCAACUAAAAGGUUCUGCAUUAAGAGAGCAUCGAUUCACUGGUUAAUCGGUUCGGUCCAGCGGUAUUCGUCCCUUCGUGCAUUCCAUCAGUUGAGGCAACAUCUCCUCUCGGUUUCGGGACCGGGGAAUGGACAGCUGAUCUCGGAGCUCUGUGAUUGGCUGCCGCGGCUGCUGCUGCUGCUGCUGCUGCUGCUGUCAUGGCGAAGAGCCCAGAAGUCAAGCUGGCCGUGUUCGGCCGAGCGGGCGUCGGCAAGUCAGCUCUGGUGGUGAGAUUCCUGACCAGACGCUUCAUCUGGGAGUACGAUCCCACACUCGAAUCGACCUAUCGCCAUCAAGCCAAUGUUGACGACGAGGUUGUAGCCAUGGAGAUCCUGGACACUGCGGGACAGGAGGACCUCCAGCAGAGGGAGAGCCACAUGCGCUGGGGCGACGGCUUCAUCAUCGUCUACGACAUCACCGACCGGGGCAGCUUCGAGGACGUGGCGCCGCUCAGAAGCCUGCUGGAGGACGUCAAGAAGCCCAAGAACGUCCCGCUGGUGCUGGUGGGCAACAAGUGCGACCUGGACCACGCCCGGCAGGUGGGCACGGAGGAGGGCGAGCGGCUGGCCGCCGAGAUGGCGUGCGCCUUCUACGAGUGCUCGGCGUGCGCCGACGAGGGCGGCGCCGUGGCCGAGGCGUUCCACGAGGUGUGCCGCGAGGUGAGGCGGCGCAAGGCCGUGCAGGGCAAGGCGCGCCGCCGCAGCUCCACCACGCACGUCAAGCAGGCCAUCAACAAGAUGCUGACCAAGAUCAGCAGCUAGGACUGCCCCCACUCCCUCCCGGGGCACGACGCGUCGAAGAACCGCCGCAGCCGCCAUGAUGGAAAACUAAAGCCAAAUACCAGAGAGAGAGAUGUGCGUUUUGUCGGAACCCCGACGUGGACUACAGUUUGGCCGUGGAAGGGGUGACCGAUUAUUUCUUAAACAAACAAGAGUCACAAGCACACACUAUCUGAACCGCCCUUCACUAUCAGCACAUUCAACACAGUGAGAGAAACUACAAUAAAGAAUAAAAACAAAUACAGGUACUUUGUUACAGUAGCCCUCAGGGAUUAGUACUAGCUGCAGUUAGCCCAGUUGUCUGUGCUAAGCGCGCAAAAGUUUCAUCAUAAGUUCCCGAUUGAACCCCAUACAAAUCAGCCCGUCGUCUGAUCAGCAGACUACAUUUAAUUUGAGUCCAUCUGGGACCAUACAGCAUGCAAUGAAGACUUUCUUCGAAAUUGGUGAAUUGAUAACAUGUACGUUAUUCUUUGUAGCUUUUUUGUUUGAUUUGGAAGGCUUUACAACGUUAUGGGCUGCCUUAGGUGUAACUUGUUUAAACUACAUUUCCCAGAAUCCUGACCAUAGCACCGCUGUAGAUACGCAGUGUUAUGAGUACUACCAUUUGGCAUCAAGACCUCUAUUUCACCCUGUACAUCCACUCCGUACACCAACCAACACCAACUCCAUACAUUGCAUUGACACAACAUCCAUCUACUGGUCUAUUCCUUUUGCACUUUAAAAAUUGGGGGGAGGGAGGGAGCAAGGGAGAGAGAGAGAGAGAGAGAGAGAGAGAGGGAGAGGUACCCAAAGACGACGAGAAGCAGUACCCUAAAAUGGGCAGGUCUGAAACGCAGGGCUUGAAAGACGAAGACCGCGGAAAACAACCGUGUACUUCAAGUUGAUUAACGUUUGUAUAACUCCUAAGGGAAACAUGUGUGAUAUACAGUAAAUGGGGUCCUGUUGUUUAUCGUGCACGAUCCCCGGGGAAGAUUACCCCUUAAUGAAUUCCUCCAUAUCGCCCGACCCUUAGCCCCGCACCCGGCUCGCUCUUGUUUGUCCAAGACGAGGGUCCAAGAUUGCUAUCCAUCUUUUCAUCAAGGGAGUCCCAUAGUAGUAGCUUUGAGAGCCAAUUUGUAGGGCCUUAAGAAUGAAUGUGUUUCAUGUUUAAUGUUAUGGGGGUUGGGGAUGGGGGUGGGAGAGAUUGGUGGGGAGGGGGGAGGGAGAGGUUGGUGUGGGGGAGGUCUUCCGUCUCCGUCCAUCAUUACUUGCCACAUUCCAAGCAUUUUCUUUACUGUUGGCAUAUCUUUCAUACUGUAAACUAUGUACAAUAAUGUCAACCUAUAGACUGGUGUGCUCUCCCGGGUAUGCGCAGAAACCAAAGUCACGAGACAAGGAAGUUGUUUAAAGCGAGAUGUUGUUCCAGUGUAACAUCUGGGACACCCAGACCAGCUGUACGCUUGUGAUUAAAAGACUAUAUCGAGAUUA